AUGUUCAAGAAGACAGUAUUACUUCUGGCCAUAGCGUCGGCUUAUGCGACCGAAAUAUCAUCUUCAUACGCCUUACUAGAGAAGCAUUCCACAUUCAAGCCCGACUUGAAGACAGAGCCCAUUGAUGAGAAGCACAGAACAUCUGAGGCUGAACGUCACCCGGUAUACAACCCAGAGGACUACAGACGCGCGUUUGUGAAACCUGUAGAGUCAGCCAAGCCUGUGUCUGCCGACCAUGACCGAAUGCUAGCUGACCAACCUGCUGAAAACAACGCUGAUGUCAGCAGAAUUGACAAUCUACAGAUUCCUGGAUAUGGAUACUACAUGCCCGCACCAACAGACGUGGCUUAUCCUGAUGUCCCAUAUGCACCUGGCUACGGAUAUGCUCCAAGCAACUACGACAUGUAUGUGGAGCCUGACACUUCAGUCGCCAGCAUGCUGUGGAGCCAAGUUCCUGAUUCUAGGUCAAUCGUCGGUUUCGUCGCGACCACCAUAUCCAAGAUAAUGGCGAAUGCGUUUCUUAUUCUUGUCGGUGCUUUUAUUACCGUUGGAGUAUGUUCUUAUACGAGUCUUUGCCAUAUUCAUAUCAAUGGCAUUGGCCCCAUUCAAGAGGAGAUGAGGUCCCUGAUGACUCCUGAGAAGUUACAAAAGAUUGGACACGCCGCCGAAUUCGUUAAAACUGCGAUUGACAAGUACCAGAAGAUCCAAGGAGUUGAAAAUGUUGAAGCUAGCAGAAGACGUCGCUCGAUCUUCUUUUAG